AUGGAUCUUCCGGAAUGGUUGACAGCCGGAUUUAUUGAACAUGCCCUCAAAAAUGCAGACAAAGAUAGUUCGAUUUCUGUGGCAAAUAUUGAUGUCAUGAUGGCAACUAGUAUUGGUGAUAAUAACAACAGUAAGAUGUACCGGGUGUCUUUUGACAUAACUCGCAGAAAACUCAGUAAAACAGUGACUAAAAGAGGUUCAGUUAUCGUCAAAGUCGCUCGUUCCACUCAACAGUUACAAAAAGAAUUGAUUGAAGAUCUUGACAUAUUUGGUGUUGAGAUAAAUAUUAUGACAGAGGUUUUAAAAGACAUGGAAUCUAUUUUGAAAAAUACGAAAUUGAGUGGAAGAUGUUACUUCUCUCAACAAAAUAAUCCACCAAUCUUAGUUCUCGAAGAUUUAGCUCCUUUGGGAUUUCGAAUGGCUGACCGCCAAGCUGGCCUUGAUCUUGAUCAUUGCACACUAGUAGUACGGAAUGUUGCUAAGUUUCAUGCAAGUUCUUUAUUACUUUGUGAAAACAAACCUAAAGUAAAGGAGUUUUGUUCUAAAGGAGUAUUCGGUGAAAAUUGUCCGCCGACAUUGCGUGAAUUUAUUACAAUUGGAAUGAAAGCAAUGGUUAAAGCAGCUAAAUCAUGGCCAGAAUUGAGUAAAGAAUGUAUAGAAAAGCUUGAAAACUUGCAAGAUUCAGUGUUAUUUAAAGCUUUCAGAGUUUUAGAGCUGAGAGAAGAUGAGUUUAACGUAAUCAACCACGGUGAUGUUUGGGUGAAUAAUCUGAUGUUCAAGUACGGUGAUAAAGGAGACGUUAUAGAUCAAAUUUUUGUCGAUUUUCAAGCUUGUUUUUACGGAACUCCAGCAUUGGAUCUUCAGUACUUUCUUCACACGAGCCCAAGUGAAAAAGUAAUGGUACAUCACAAAAAUUUUCUGAUUAAAGAAUAUCAAGAAACGCUUUUUUUAACAAUGAAAAUAAUUGGGUGCAAAACUUGUACUCCUAGUUUUCUAUAUAUCAAGAAAAUAUUAUUUGAUUGCGAGAUCUUUGGAUUCAUGAUAGCCAGUACGUGUCUUCCAAUCAUGAUGGCGAGUAAGAACCACGCUAAGGAGCUUGAUGACAUGCUGGACGAUGGAGAAUUCAAUGCAGAUGUGUAUAAUAAUGAAGAUUACCGCGUGAGGAUGGUGAGAAUGCUUAAGGAAUGGGAUGAUCUUGGAGUUUUGGAUGGGAAGUGA